AUGCUCUCACUUGUUGCUGCAGUGAAGGCACCCCGCACACACAACCGUCGCCGCGUGACCGGAUCCAGCGGAAGGAGGAGGGAAGGAGGAGAGGGUGAGCCGCAGAGGCCCAACAUGUCCCGGCGUUUGUUUACUUUUGCGCUGCUCCUCCCUCUUGUCGUGAUGAUGUGCUGCGGCAGUGGAGGUGCGGCCGCUGUGGGGAGUGUGUCAGAGGAUGAGCAUCUUUCUAAGUGGGUCGAUAUUUUUGUCCCAAAUAAGACGCAGGUGUUGGCAGGAGAAGAUGAUUCUAAAAGUGGAGUUGGGGUUUCGUUUGCCUCACCCUCUCUUGUCAGUGCUGGUGGUGUAAUGGCUGUGCUUGCGGAGGGUAUCAUUUCAUAUAAUCCCUCCAGUGCCACAGAAAGUUUUGUUUAUCAUUCCGAUAUUGUUGCGGGGUACGUCAACGCUGCGGAGUCGUGGCCGUCUCUUGUCGCCGAGAUCAAUGACGGUACAUGGAGGGCACACACCGUGUUAAGUACAGUGAAUGAGGAGAGACAUGUGGGUAUUGCGCGCUUUCCCACAACCAUUGCAAAGGGCAAUAAGCUGUUUCUUCUUGUGGGAAGCUACAUUAUGAUGCAAGACACUAAGGAUGAUUUUUGGAAGCUUGGUGGCACGGAUAUUCAACUGGUUCAGGGUGAGGCCACAAAGUCUACGGAGGGCAAGCAGAGUAAAUCGAUCAAAUGGGGCGAGCCCAAAUCGUUGCUGGGACAGAUUGCUCCACAGGCUCAAGGUGACUCGAAAGUGCUUUGGGCCGGCGGUGGUGGCUCCGGUGUUCUGAUGGAGGAUGGCACUUUUGUGUUUCCUCUGCAAAAGCGGAAAGAAAAUGGUGAAUUUCUUUCCAUGAUCAUUUAUUCGACAGACGAUGGAAGUAGCUGGACACUCUCAAGGGGUAUGCUUCCUGCGGGCUGCCGUGGCUCCUGCAUCACCGAGUGGGAGAGAGGACAAAUUCUCAUGAUUACGGAUUGUGAUGAUGGCCAGAGGGUGUUCGAGUCGCGUAACAUGGGGACAACGUGGACGGAGGCUGUCAGAACACUCUUGGGCGUGUGGGUCAAGUCAGAAUCAGAAUUCUUUUGGGACAAAAGUUUGCGUGCGGGAGCCCUCAUCACCGCGACCAUUGAGGGAAGGAAGGUUAUGCUGUACACUCAGAAAAGGUACCCCACGCAGGAGCAAAAGGACAAGGCGCUCUAUCUUUGGGUCACGGACAACAACCGCACGUUUUAUGUCGGACCGUUUUCUGUGGACAGUGCUGAGAACAAGACGUUUGCCAACGCCCUGUUGUACUCGGAUGCUGAGCUUUAUCUUUCACAGCAGAGGGGCAUUAAAACAGGCACAGCCGUUUCACUUUCCCGCCUGGCGGAGGAGAUGAAUACAGUCAGGUCCGUCCUCAGCGGUUGGGCACAGCUGGACGCCUCCUUCUCCGAGUCAUUCACGCCCACGGCUGGUCUGGUUGGAUUUUUGUCCAACGCAGCCAGUGGUGACACGUGGGUCGACGAGUACCGCUGCGUGAAUGCAACGGUGACGAAGGCAGCGAAGGUCCACAAUGGGUUCAAGUUCACGGGGCCUGGGUCCAGGGCAAUAUGGCCCGUGAACAGCCGGGAGGAUAAUAAUCAGUACGGCUUUGUGGAUCACAACUUCGCUAUUGUGGCGACGGUGACCAUCCACAAGGCUCCGAAGAAGAGCACUCCUCUGCUGGGUGCGAGUCUGGGGGAAGGUCAUCCCACGAAGAUGAUUGGGCUGUCGUACGGCGCUGGAAGUAAGUGGGAGACGGUGUUUGACGGCAAAACAACAGCACAGGACAGCACGUGGGAGCCGGGGAAAGAAUACCAGGUGGCGCUGAUGCUUCAGGGCGGCAACAAUGGCUCCGUUUACGUGGAUGGCAAGCUCGUGGGGAGCUCGGAGACGAUACCAACACUUGAGACGACGGUGCUUGAAAUCUCACACUUUUACAUUGGGGGCGACGAGGGAGACAGCGACAGUGAUCUGACGGUGAAGAACUUCUUUCUGUACAACCGCCCACUGAGUGCUGACGAACUAAAAAUGGUGACGAAGAGAGAGGACUCCGUGCGUGGAGACGUGUCUCGGGUGCUCCUGCUGCUGCUGCUGCUGCUGGGGCUGUGGGGCAUUGCGGCCCUUUACUGA